AUGGACAGAAAUCCUCAUGAUCCCGAGGUGUGCACGUGCUGCUGCGGCCUGUCCGCUGAAGAGGCAGAGGAACUUGCCACCCUGGACCAGACCGAAAUGACAUUGAGCUUGCCACGGAAGAUCGGGGAUAUUCGUGAUGCAGCACGCCUGUGUGCCAUUUGCGCUGUUUUGUCGAAAGUGCUGUCAUUUUUCAGCGGGCGGCACGAUGGCCACGAGCACGCAAAAGUCUUACUACUAUUGCCUGUAGGCCCUGGCAACGUACAAAUUGCCUUUCGCGCCCGUGGUGUACCUUCAGUCGCACAGCUGUACUCUUCAGAUAAGUUGUUUGGGUCUUGGCAGCGCGUACUUCCACUGCCCGACACUUGUACAAACCAGCUUUCGCCACAAGGCAAAGGCUUCAUAAAUACGUGCUUGCAGACAUGUCUACAGAGCCAUCCGCUGUGCAGACAAGAAGCGGCAACUUCGAGCAAAAAGCCUCCGCAGAGGCUCAUACAUGUCGGACGCGAUGGUGACCAAAUACUGCGUCUCAUUGAUACCGCUGGUGUAAGCCCUGGCGCGUAUGCCGCACUGAGCUAUAGCUGGGGAGGGGCAGUCAAGACGAAAGCUACUCGGGCAAGUAUUGCCGGGAUGAAAGAGCAUAUCAGGCUUGAAGAUUUGCAAGAAACGAUUGUUGACGCAGUUGUGCUGACUCGAGAGCUCGGCAUUGAAUACCUCUGGGUUGAUGCGUUAUGCAUUGUCCAGGAUUCCAAGGAGGAUUGGGAACAGGAGUCUACUAAAAUGGCAUCAUUGUAUGCCAAUGCAAUCAUCACCAUCGCUUCUGUCUCGACCGAGUCUGCGGCAGUCCCAUUUUUGCGCCACGAAAAUAGUGCCGAGGCAGCCAAGCAUCAGCGACGAGUACUUACUCACACGGUGCACACCGACAACGGGCCGGCUGUCAUCAAAGCCAGGCUUGUCGAGCAGUCCGGUAUUCACUGGCGAUGGCAAAACGACUCCGACGAACGGUCCCCGAAAGAGCCGUGGGCCAAGCGAGGAUGGACACUGCAGGAGCAGGUAUUGUCUAGCCGGCUACUUAUGCUCUCAUCUACCGAGAUGCAAUGGGUCUGCAAGCAAGCCGAAACAUGCGAGUGCCUAUCCACGCUCAACCGUCGGCGCCAGUUCGGCCGUAUACCACUGGCGCAGCUCGCUGACAUCGGCGAGACCUUUCACUUCUGGCACAAACUCGUGGAAAACUACAGCAACCGGAGUCUGUCGCAAUGCAGUGACAGGUUGCCGGCUAUUUCAGGUAUCGCGGAAGUUGUCCAGCAAAAGACGAAUUCGCGCUACAUCGCCGGCCUCUGGGAAGACAACAUUGAUUUGGACCUGCUAUGGCACAAGACGGGUGAUUUGGACACUGCUGAGGGAAGCGACCCGCAAGCCCCGUCCUUUUCGUGGGCGUCUGUCGACGGCGAGGUAGAUUACUACUGCUUUCGCAACGGCAAGGAGCCGUAUCGAAAAUCAACGACCGUGCUGUCGAUCGAAGCUUGCCCUAGCGUCCAAGCACCGCUGGGUAGAGUAACCGGCGGCAGGCUCACCCUGCGCGGGCCUUUGGCUCCGGGCCGCAUCGCGCGAUACUCAGAGGGCGGAUGGGCUGCCAUCGACCUUGGCAAUCGUAGAUUCGAAUUCAUACCUGACUCGCAUCUCGGCUGCAUCACCACGGCUAACGGCGACCAAGUGGAGGGAGUUGCGUGUCGUAGGCACCGUUACGGACAGGCAGGGGUCGAGCCGCUAGCGACACCGGGCCGACAUGUCAGAACGGUACGCGUGCUGUCACCCGGGAUGAGGUGCUGGGUCCUGAGACUUGGCGAAUUUGCGCCGCGGCAUCAGAAGAGCGCAGACUGGGGCGCCGAGCUCAUGGUUCUGGGCAUGUCUGUUUCUCAGCCAGGACGCUAUCAACGUCUGGGGAUGGUGUCAGAUGUAGUUCGUGGGAUGAAUGGUAUAUUUGGACAGUCAACCGUGGCAACUAUCACACUUGUCUAA